AUGCCCCAGCCCAUCCAGGACCUGCUGGCUCUGCUCCACCAGCGGGGGCCAUCCACAGAAGGGAUCUUCCGGCUGGCAGCUGGCGAGAGAGACUUAGGGGCCCUCCGGGAGGCCCUGGACAGCGGGCAGGAGGUGCCCCUGCAGAGCCAGCCCGUGCACCUGCUGGCUGCCACCCUGAAGGACUUUCUGCGGAAGAUCCCUUCCAAGCUGCUGGAGGCUGAGCUGUACCAGCAGUGGAUGGGAGCCCUGCACAAGAGCAGCAGGCAGGCGAGGCUGGCGGCGCUGAAGGAGGUCACCAACAAAUUGCCCCAGGCCAACCUCAUUCUCCUCAAGAGCUUGCUGUCCCUGCUGCAUAACAUCAGCAGCAACACGGACAGCAGCAGGAUGACAGCCAGGAGCCUUGCCAUCUGUGUUGGGCCAAACUUGCUGAGCCCAGUGGAGGAGCCACCCCUGGAGAUGCUACUGGAGGUGACAAGCAGGGUAUGCUGCCUUUCCCGGCUGGCUACAGCCUUGCAGGCCCUGCUGAGCUUUGCUGUUCAGGGGAACCUGCCUGCCUCCUCUCUGCAGCAAACACUUGGUGGGGAGCUGCCUGGAAGAGCAGCCCCACAGCUGCAGCUUUCUGUGCAGAAGCCAGGCUCAGCAGUGACAGAGCUGGUGGAGCUGCUCAUUGAGCUGCAGGGAGAACUGUUUGCAGAGGAGCAGGUGCCUGGCUCAGAUGGACCAUCAGCUGAGGAAGAGCCAGGAACCACAGAGGUACGUGAGUCCACGAACACCAUGACAACAAAAGCCUCCUCCCUCAAAGGUGUCGCUUCUGCCACAGGGACAACCAGGCUUAUCUGCCAGCCCACAGCUCUGCAGAAGUGCAGAGUAAGGCUGAUGCCAGAUGACCAUCACACUUUGGGUGGUGAUCCCAACAGAAGUGAGCUGAGUUGA